UUCACAGCAACUGGGUGCUAGCUUAGUUAGUCGACAUAGAGAUUCAGCUUGAAAACAACUGUUUAAGAUGCAUUAGAAAAUACUACAAUAAGACUUUGUAGCUUAAAAAAAUUAAUGUAGACUGUUUACAUAGUUAAACAUACAGUACAUAGGUGACAACAGUACAAAACAGAACAGUGGUUGAACUGGUAUAUCUGCUGUAAUGAAGAGACAACUGGGAAAGCAUUUUAUUCCUAAUGUUACAACCCGUGAAAUUGUGUCAAAAUCAUCAAAAGAUGAACUUAAACUUCCGAAACAUCAACAUCUUUUGUCUCAUCAGGAUCUAUCACAUCACCAUCUCAACCAGCACAACUCCAGAUGUUCAUCUGGGAACAGCAAUGUCUUCCAUCAAUAUGGUUCCCAAAAUCAGCCAGAUCAUCAUCAAAACGUUGAGGGCACCGCAUGCCACAAGGGUGUCCUCACAGAGGGGACCAUCUCCUCAUCUUCUUCCUCUUCCACUGCAUCUUUGUUUUCAGAGUCCAGUUUGGACAGUGAGUGGCAUUUCCUGCUAAACAAACCCCAGCAUUCUGUGUCCUGUUCCAACCUUCCAGAAGCAAGGAUAUUUCAAGAUGAGGCAUCUGGGAACAUAGACUUUGAUCUAUGUGACUUAGCACUGAAUAUUCACCACAAACAACAGAAACAACAGCAUUUUGGUCAUUCUGGACUGCAACAACAGGUUUCAGAGCGAAGACUGAGAAAAUCACCACUGUUCAGAUGCCAGAGCAAAAUUGAAGACGGGCUUCUGCAGAGUGUAAACCAAGAACACAGUACUAAGGCAUAUGGGAGACCCCAUCCAUUGGACCUCAACCAUCUUUACAAGACCACCAGCCUGGGACAAAACCUUGCUGUUAAGGAUAAGGCUGCUGCAACAGUAAAUAUGGCAAGACCUAAAAGGGCUGUCUCAUCUAUUCAGCUGCCAAGCAAAGGUAUUCUUAAAAACAAAGAUGAAGGGCAGAAGCACGGAAAUGUCCGGAAAGCCAAGUCUAUGGAAGCACUGUCCACUAAGAGACAAAGUACUAAUCCUCAUAUGCAGAGUUCUGUCGAUACACUGAGGGAUAACUUUGUAAGAGGGAAGACCGAGUUCUCUGCCUUUCUGGAUGAGAUUACCAGGCAGGUUAUCAGCCCUUCAAGACUCAGCUCUUUCAGGAGCAGGAGCAGCCAUACGCCGACAUCUCAUUUGCCUCAGGAAGACUGUACACAGCCUGCUAAAACCAACCAGGAAAGAGAAGAUUUACAGAAAACAUUCAAACAGCACAAUGUCCAUUCUGUGCAAUCCAACAAUGAAAAAGGAAGAAUUGGUUAUAAUAAACAUGGUCAGAAACAACAAACUGGUAGUUCUUUGGGUCUGCCACACCAGCAUCAGUGCCAAAAGCACCAAGGAAAAUACAGCCAGCUCCUCAGUGAAGGUACCAGCACCAGUUCUGAGUCCAUCCUGCAGGAGAAGCAGUAUCAAGCUAAAGGCAAAUGGGGUUAUAAUGAUGGUUAUGGCAUAUGUAGAGAGCUUAAUAUUAAGCAAAAUGUCUCAUCUCUGCCUGCUGCACUGGGCAUGCAGUUCACAAAAAAAUCUCCCACAAUGACUUCCCCUAACCUGGAGAAUAUUAGCAAGCGCAAAUACAUGGGUUACAGAAGACACACCAAACAAUUGCACAGGGAUUCAGUGAGUAGUAUGAACAGAGUCGACUUGCCAGAGCACUACAACAAGGACCUACAUGAGAAUUUGCUGCAGAUGGUGUCAUGCAUUCAAAACAUGGAGGCAGAGCUACAAUGUACCAAGACAGAAUUAAGCAGGAUUAAAGAGAAAUGCAAAAAGCUUCAGGACAGCUACAUAAGCUGUCAGCAGGCAAACAGUGUCCUUGAGAAAAAACUCCAUUCUGUGGUGGACAGCAUGAACUCAGAGCAGAAGGAUUAUUUUUACAGGAUUUCAGAGCUGACCAAACAACCGGAUACAGCAAAAAAUACAGUUGUUUCACUGGAAUCCAUUAAUAUUCCGUCCUUGAUUAAAGAGCUUUCGGACAAGCAUUUUGACUCUGAAGAUAUUGUGAAUAGCUUCUUAUUAUUAUCACAUAGUCAAUUGGACACAGACAAAUCAGAUAAAACCAUAGGACUCAGGGACAACCAAUCAUCUACAAGGAAAAGGGAUGAUAGGGUAUCUGAUUGGUUACCCCCUGGGCAAGGAGAUUCAGCUGACAGGCAGGAGCAUGUGGCAGCAUUUUUGCCAUGGGCAGAAAGUCAAGAUCCCUGGGUUGGAUUAGAGAAGACAGAUGCAAGUGACCUCUUACUUCCUAAGUCAGGGCAUUCCAGUGUUCACUCUAUUGCUGAAGAUAUGAACUCUGCCAUCUACAGGAACAUACCAGAUGCAAAGGCAAAUAUCCCCAGGGGCCCAAUGCAAUCUUUAGGCUUAGAGGCAGAAAUAAACUCAGUCAGCAUGCUGGCCCAUAGUUCUGUGUAAUCAAUACAGCCUGGAGAAUUAGGACAGGUUUUCAGUUCACUCUUCGUUAAAUACUCUCUCUCUCUCUCUCUCUCUCUCUCUCUCUCU